CACCUUCACAUUCCAACCAUGAAGCAUGGCGUAGCAUUCCGAAAGUUCUCGAGGACGUCGUCCCACCGAAUGCUUAUGCUUCGGAACCUAGUCACUUCCUUGUUCGAACAUGAAAGGAUUAAGACUACCUUGCCCAAGGCCCGGGACACCGCGAGACUGGCUGAAAAGAUCAUCACAAUGGGCAAGAAGGGAACUGCUGGCAGUGAAUCCCAGGCCUCGUCGUUCCUCCUCAAACCUACGGCGCUCAAUAAACUUCUCGAAACUUACGCGAAACGAUACGCAGACCGACCAGGGGGCUACACCCGGAUUCUGAAGCUCGGAAACAGAAAGGGAGACCACGCACCCGCCGCCGUUCUCGAACUCGUUGACAACCCAAAGGAUUUGCGCUUUGAAAUGACGGCGCGUGCAGCUGGCUGGGAUAUUGUUCAGCACCAGCUUCAUAACCAAAGGCUGGGCGCGGUGAUGAAGACGGGUGCCCAGAAUGCCGAAGAUAUUCUCAAGGCAGCGCAGCAAGGCGAAUCCACAGUUUUACGACCACAAACGGCGAUGAAUGUCCAAAAACUGCUGAAAUUCAGGGGGCCAGAAGCUCUUGUGGAAAUGAGCGAAAAGGCCAAAGAACACGCCGACCGUCUUCUUGCUACGCCCCUCGCCUUGAAAACAAUGUACGAAGCGAAGAAGGAGAAGAACCAGAGAAACCCACCUCCCCGUCCCAUUGCUGGUAUGAAGCAAGUUGGAGAGACGCGAAGCGUUUUGGAUCUCGCUCGCGGACGACUGGGUCACGCACGCGCUCCACCCGCGAAAUUGUUGACGAUGUCGACUGCAUUCAACGGGAAGUACAAGCAACAGAUCACACAUCCUUAGAUCCCCGUCGCCGGUUUCGGUCAUUCCUUGCCAUGAUGUAUGU